CUCCCCCGGCGGGCGUGCGCGCUGCGUCACUGCUCCGUGCGCGCUGCGUCACCAUCCCGCGCCCGCCGCGCGCCCGUUGUCGUAGCAACCUGCCGGACGCGGCGCCGUGGGGGGCGGGCGGGACGUGGCAGCGCCCCCUGGCGGGGCGGAGGGCGCAGCGGGGACGCUCCCGCCGUGCGGGGGCGGAGCCACCCGAGGCCCCGCCUUCGGGAGGAGGGCGCGGGGGCGGGCCCGCCCGCCGCCGGGCUCCACCCCCCUCGGCCCCGCCCCCGGCGCGCAGCACGCGGGGCCCCGCCCCCGCCCCCGGGGUUUCCCCAUCCCGGGGGUCCCGCCCCGGGGGGUCCCCACGGCGCCCCCCCGCCGUCCCGGGAGCCCUCGCCGUACGCGGGGACCCACCUGCCUGGGCUCCCACCGCCGGGGUGGGCGGCGGGGUGGCCGCCCUUGGCCGGAGCGGGGCGUCCGGUGCCGACCCCCAGCCCUCGGGCAGCCCCUGCCGAGCGGGCAGCUCCGGGCCGAGCCCCUGGAGCGGCGGCACCAUCCGCCCGGGUCCCUCCUAACGCGGGGCGAGCUGUGCCGCGGCUGCCCCGUGCCCGGGAGAAGCUCCUGCGGGAUCACAGGGGCGUUUAUCUUGCCCGGGAUCAGCCAAUAUUUGUGGCCACGUCAGGAGAUCGGGCACUUCCUCGCUCUCUGCCCCUGCCGAGCCCAGCGCUGCCGUCCUGCCGCCGCGCUCUGCUCUCCCGGCGCCAGCGCUGCUGUCCCCCUUCGACUUCGGCUUAUCCGACACUUGGAGGAACACUAUUUGCUGAGACCCCGCCCCAGCUGUCACCUCCCGGCACCAGAGAUGACACCCACGGUGGCCUUCCUGCUCCUGAGCCUUCUGAGGAUGGCAGCUCCCAAGGGACAGUGGUGCCCGGCCUGCGGGCUGGCAGCCCUGGCCCCCACCACGCAGCGGGACGUCCUCAUCGCGCUGGCAAAGCAGAGCAUCCUCUCCAAGCUCCGCUUGCCGGACCGGCCCAACAUCACCCAGCCCACGUCCAGGGGGGCUCUGCUGACCGCUCUCCGCAGGAUGCGUGCGCAGCGCAUGGACACGGCCCUCCCCCCAGGGAUGCCCCAUGACGGUGGCAUCCCACACCUGCAUCCUGGGAUGGGUGUGCAGGAAUAUGAGAUCUUGAGCUUUGCUGAGUCAGGGUCCUCCACCUCCCGCGGCGUUCGCCUGCAUUUCCACUUCAACCGGGAGCUGGCUGGGAGCACCGAGAUCCUGCAAGCCACCCUCUACCUGUUCUGGGCAGUCCCCAGCCCCGGCACGCACCCUGUCACCGUGAGACUCUUGCAGCCAGACCCAACAGGGCUGAACGCGACCGUGGCCAGCGAGACACGGCUGGAGGUGCAGAGGGCCGGCUGGGCCACGCUGGACGUGGGCCGAGCCGUCCAGAGCCUCUUCAGCCAAGGGAGCCAGAGGCUCACUGUGGAGCUGGAGGUGGCAGAGGACUGGGGGUCUCCCCUCCUGGCUGUCCACAGUGAUUCCCACUGGCCGUUUGUGGCAGCCCAGGCCCGAGCCAGGACGCCCCACCGGGUCCAGCGGCGUGGCAUUGAUUGCAGUGGGGACUCUCGGAUGUGCUGCCGCAAGGAAUUCUUCGUGGACUUCAAGGAGAUCGGCUGGGAGGACUGGAUCAUCCAGCCGGAGGGAUAUCACAUGAACUACUGCGCGGGGCUGUGCCCCCUGCACAUGGCUGGCAUCCCUGGCCUCGCUGCCUCCUUCCACACGGCUGUCCUCAACCUCAUCAAAGCCAACAACGCGGACGCAGCCGUGGACUCCUGCUGCGUGCCCACGCAGCGUCGCCCCCUCUCUCUGCUCUACUACGACCGGGACAGCAACAUCGUCAAGACCGACAUCCCCGACAUGAUUGUCGAUGCCUGCGGUUGUACCUGAGCGGCUGCCUGAGGAGGCGGGAGGGCAGGACCUGUGCCGCGCAGGGCUCUCCUCCUCCCGGCCCCUCUCUGGCAGCGCGAGACCUGGCAAACUGCUGAGAGACGGGAACCCUGCAGAGGUGUUUUCUCCUCCUGAGGUUGAAGCAUCGAGGCUGAUGCUGAACGUGCAAGUCCUCUCCUCCCUCACCUCCCACAGGGCUCUUUUCCCCCUUCAGAUCUGCCCAUGGAUUCCUCUCUGCCCAUGAGCCGUGGCCUCUAAGAGCGGCUCCUGAUGGACACCAGACCCUCCUCCCCCCAGGACUCUGCAGAGCACAGCUCCCCCGGCAGCUCCGGGCAGCCCCGGCUCACCCUGCCGCUGGUCCCAGGCCAAGGCCAGGGUGCAGCCCUCAGUGCUGCAACACGAACACGUGCUCGUCAGGUAACGGGUCCCAGCAGCGGCCACCUCAGGCUGCUGGGGGAGGCAGAAGCUGAAAAGAUGCCGGGGGGUGGUGAGGCCAGAGGGGAGAGGGCCAUCCACAGGACCCCACUCCUCAGCUGGACAUGGUGUUGAGGUGGGUGAGGAAGGGGAAAUAGAUCCCAGUGGGAGGAAAGCAUCUCCUUCUCCGCGCAUCCCAGCUACCCGAUAUUCAAUAAAAGACUCCCAGCUGU